AUGUGUGAGCCACACAAGGAAACCAACCAACCAAGACAUGCAGGAGGAUCAAGGGUGUCCACGCUGCACAUGGCGACGCUGGGAGAUAAAGCCAGCAGAGGGUCUCUCUCCAAAAAGAAGACAGAUGGUUAUGAGGCAACGUUUCUUCGCCAUAAGAUAAGGGGAGCAGGAAAGAUGGCAGGUUCUUCUGCAAUGAGCUCACCUACGGAAAGCCUGGAGGACCUACUGUACCGCAAGACCAAACGUGUUUUUGAUUGCUCAGUGGCAGACAUGAGAGGGCAACGGUCAGAGCAAUGUAGUGCAGGUCCAUCGGAAUAUGUGAGAAUGCCCCCUAUGAUCCAGAGAAGUUCAGGAGCUCCCUCUGUCACUUACUCCAAGAGAACUGAACAUACGGUAACACAGGCACGAGUGGUCAAGAGAAAGGAAGACAGCCUGCAUUCACUGCAGGUUAAAGCCAACAAAGCAUGGGUGGAGCCAGCAAAAAGUAGUUAUGACUCUAGAGCUACCACACAGAGAGCAGACCCUGUCAGUGGACAACAGCCAGUCAGGAAGAGUUCAGAUAUCAUCAGAAAGGAAAAGAAGGGUGUUUACUACACAGAGCUGAGCCGACAGGUGCAGGAGAGGAGCCAGCUGAUGGAGAGAGAGAGAAGACGGAACACAGAUGCUGAGCGAAGGCACAAUGAGACCAUGCAGUUUGGGAUAUGGGGCAAGCUGGGCGGUGGAGCCCCCAACCCCGCGGCUCUGAGAAGGACCAAGUUCAGCUCCUCAGGGCUCAUGCCCCAGGACCAGGUUCCCUACAGAGGCUUUUCUGGAACUCCAUUCCAUCUGCGGUUCUAACGUCUAAUGCCAUGUUGUGGGGCCUCAUGAGCACUGUGUCCAUGUAUAAAAAAACAGCAAUGGCAAGAACUCAA